AUGGAACUGGCAAAGUUGGUCAUUCGCGCUUUGUGCGCUGUUGCUAUAUGCGCAUCUGUGUGUGAUGGAAAGGGACCAAGAACCGGUGUUGCUGGAAAGGAUAUGGACGACGCAUUCAGAAUGCUAUUAGAUGGUGGCGGUGUUAAAAGAACCAAAAAGUCACCCGGAACUCAGGAAAAAACUCUGGAAGGAUCAACAGAAGACGACAAAACAGAUCUUGAUGGGAAGACUGAUGAUGAAAAAGAUCUAGAAGACGGAGCUGCGACCUCCCAGAAGCCUGUGACACCACACAAACCCGAUGCCAAGCACAGAAACGACAGUUCUGAGGAAGAUGAUGGUGUAGACAUCUCUGGUAAUGAUGAAGAUACCGAUGAUGCUGCAAGCGACGUUAAAACAACUCAUAAAUAUAAGAAUGUGAAACCACACCAAAAAAAACGUAAAGAUAAUGAUGAUGAGGACCCAUUCGGUUUCGAUGACGAUGACAGCACAUCAGCAGGAGACGAUGAUGACGAUGAUGAUGACGAUGAUGAUGACGGCUUCUCUUUCGAUGAUGACGAUGAAGAGGACGAUGAUGAUGAUGAUGAUGAUGACAGCACGUUGGGUAACAUACUGGGCGGCCUGAAAAAAGUAAAGGGAAGAAUUGGGAAAACGUUUAAGAAAUCCAAAAAACAACCGAAGAAGAAACAUUCCAAGAAGAAAGGUAGCUCAUGGGGAGGUUCUUUUAGCCAUGUAGAUGAUGAUGAUGAUGAUGACGACGACGACUUGUUCACCUCCCACUUUGGUUCCAAGAGGAGUCGUAGUGCUUCACCCAGCAUGCAAGCGGAAUUGAGGCGUAUGAGUGAUGAAAAUUGGCGUCUUAAAAGGGAUGCGUACCAAGCGCAAAAUGAAAGGCUAUUCAGGCCAGAGAAUGAUGUCACAGAUGCUGAAGGUAGAUUGAACCCAGGUCUAGCAGCUGCCAUGAGGUACUUGGGAUCUGGUUAUGAUAUUGUCUUUGGAAACCCUCUAGGUGACCCUGUAAUUAUGGUUGACCCUGGGUACAGACACCCCGUACUCAAAUUGGACUGGACGGAUAAAUACUAUAACCAUGACGGUGCUAAUAUGAAGGAGCCACGUGGAGGAUGGAUCAGACCAGAACUUUCGUGUAGGCAGGCCGAGUCUGUAGAUCACAUCAACACCGUUGAAGAUUACAAGAAAGAGCUGUCCGUUGACGCAAAAUUAUCCGUAUCCAUGCCAAUGUACUUCAGUUUUAGUGCCUCAGCAGGUUACAAGAAUAUGGUCAAAACCCUAGCCACUAAUGAAACGAAGAGCUAUAUUCUAAAGACCUAUUGCCUUAGGUACGUUGCCGGAAUACAGGAUUUCAAAAACAUUGAACCGGUACCAUCGUUUAAAUAUGACGUGGACGCUUUACCUGACUCCUUCGAAGUAGGUGAGUGUACCAUGGAAGUCUACAGAAACAACGAAGAAGAUAAAAAAUGUGCUGAAACGGUUAGACCGUGGAUGAGAUUCUUCCAGAAAUACGGUACUCACUUUACCACCGUCAUACAUCUGGGAGGAAAGGUUACCAACCAAAUACAAAUCAGCAAGACCGAUGUCGCGCAACUACAGAAAGAAGGUUACAACGUGGACCUAUUAAUCAAGUCAGGCUCCGCAUUGCCCGUAAGCGCAGGCGUAGAAACCAGCAUUCAAAACCAAACCCAAAGCACCACAAAUCGUCGUGCACUUAACAGUGAAAAGCUUGUAAUUGUCAUUGGAGGCGACGUUCCCACCGAUGGUACUGACAAGUACUCCAUGGGGGAGUGGACCAAGAGCCUAUACAGGAAACCCAUGCCUAUCAAAGUUAAUAUAGAAAGCAUCAAGACGGUAAUUGAAAAUGAACAAAAGAAGGCAAUUUAUGACUCUGCCUUGAAGUACUACGCGGAGGUUUACGGUCUCUCUCCCGAUGAAAUUUACCAGAAAAAUGGUAGGAAAACGGGUAUUGCCGAACUAGCCAGGUAUGGCACCCCAGUCACAUAUUCGGGUACUACUGGAGGAAGCGCAGUAUGUCCGAAUGAAAAGGUGGUUAUGAUGGGAUUCGCACUCACGAUCACCAAAGCACAGACAACAGUUUUCUCAGAUGCAACAUUUACUCUAUCGUUAUCUCCAUGCCCUGUGGGAAAGGAGAAGUGUAUGGUCUCUGUUUCGGAACCCAAUACCGAAGCUAGGGUAUGGAUCCUCUGUGGAUCGGAGUCCAUCCCCCUAUUGAUACAGGAAACCAAGGUUGCUGAAGGAGAAGCCGCCACCGCAAUGUGUCCGGAUGAGUAUAGCAUCGCAUUCGGAUUCGGCUUUUCAGUUCCAAAGGGUAUGAAGGCGCAGGCAGUGGACGGAUAUGCCUGCAGACCAGGACAACCGUCAUGUACUCACGCCUCCCCUAAGAGCCUAAACAACGCAGUUUGGAUCGCGUGUGUCGAGAAGAAUGCUCCAGAGGUCAAUGAUAUCUUGAACCAGGCAGUCGUGUCACGUUCCAAUGGUUGUUCCAAGAAACUGACAGAAACAUACCAGGACAACAAAUGCCCAGCAGGUUACCGCUAUAUUACAGGGUGGGAAUUGGGCACGUCUUUGGAUACGUACCAAGGCAUACCAAUGAUACGACCAUGUUCGUACGGUUUGAACGGAUGCAAAUUCGACCACCAAGUAUUCUGGCAACCGGACCUCAAAUGCAGAGCGCAAUACUCGUGGAUUUCCUGCUCCAAGGAAAAGGAUGAUAAAAAAGAUCAGAAACCUUAG